AUGUCUCCGACUGCGACUUGUCCAGAGAAGUCCAUUGCCUCUGCUGCACUCACGACCGACCCGGAGAAGGCAGCUUCAGAUCUCGUGCAUGGGACCCCCGAGCCCUCUAGCUCGACAAGAGCCAUUCACGGUAUCAAGGCAAUCGUGUCUGUACUGUUCUCCAUGUUCAUGUACUCUCUCGAUGGCACCAUUGUCGCCGAUCUCGUGCCGUCCAUCGUCAACGAAUUCGAUAGCGUUCCACUGCUUCCCUGGCUUUCGGUCGGCUUCAUGGUGGGCAGUAUCGUCACUGUUCUUCCUCUGGGCAAGCUGUUCAGCAAGUAUAAUGCUAAAUGGCUGUACGUCAUCUCGGUUGUACUGUUCCUCGCAUCUUCUGCUUUGUGCGGUGCUGCUCCUACCAUGAGUGCCAUGAUCGUUGGUCGUGUCUUCCUUGGCAUGUCUGGCAAUGGCAUAUACUUCGGCAUCAUGACACUGCUUUCGGUCUGUACUGAUGACAAAGAACGACCGAUGUACCUCAGUUUGGUUGGCUUGGUCUGGGGUAUUGGUACAGUCCUUGGACCAGUCGUAGGUGGAGGCUUUGACAAAGUCAGUUGGCGCUGGGCCUUCUAUCUGAACCUCAUCAUCGGCGGCGUCUUUGCACCUGUCUAUCUCUUCAUGCUUCCAUCCUUCGAUCCCCAGCCCAAGACUGUUUCACUCUUCGGCCGAGCAAAGAAUUUUGACUUUGUGGGCGCCGCACUAUCCAUCGCGUCCAUUCUCUGCCUGGUGAUGGCUAUCAACUUCGGCAACGCCUUGUACGCAUGGAACAGCGGACAGAUCAUCUCAAUGUUCGUCCUUUCGUUCGUUCUUCUGGUCGUCUUCGCAGUGCAACAGAAAUUUGCCUGGUUCACUACCAGAACGGAGCGCAUGUUUCCCGCUCAUCUCAUCAGGAACAAGGAGGCUAACCUACUCUUCAUCUGUGCCGCUUGUGCCAACACGGCAGGCUUUUUGCCUAUCUACUACCUUCCUGUGUACUUCCAGUUCUCGCGCGGCGAUAAUGCAUUGGAGGCGGCUGUACGCCUGCUUCCUCUCAUCACCAUUCUUAGUGCCACUAUCAUUGCCAAUGGCUAUCUGAUGAGCAAGCUCGGAUACUACCAACCUUGGUACAUCGGCGGUGCUGCUCUAGCUCUGAUUGGCAAUAUCCUGGCAUCCCGUAUCAACAUCCACACCAGUGUUUCCGCCAUCUAUGGCUAUGAAGUGUUGAUCGCACUUGGUAGUGGUGCAUUCAUCCAAGCCGGCUAUGCGACAAUUCAAACUGUGGUUUCUGCUGACGAUACCUCCUAUGGAAUCGCCUACAUGAUGCUCGCACAGUUCACUGGCAUUGUUAUGGGAUUGUCUAUUGGUGGCGCCAUCUUCAUCAAUGAGGCUCUGAAAUCCCUGAAGGCUUUGUUGCCCAUGUUGCCAGAAGCUCAAUUGAGAAGUGUCAUUAGCGGUACUUCGUCUGACGCGAUCAGCAAAAUUCCUGUUGAGUUGCCUGAGCAAACUAUUUCUGCGGUUUUUGUACUGCCUUGUGUAUCUGUUCUUUAG